AAUAGCUCCGGCAAAAGGUGCCUGCCGCGGCGCUGUGGCUGGCCGACCGGUCUGGGACGCGCAUUGAUCCUCCCAGCACGCGGCGCACGCGUGCUGCGCGCUGGACGCUGCCCAGCACCAUGCGCCGCACGCUCCUGGUAGCUCUCCUCCUAGGCUGCCGCGGCGACAAGAACGACCUCGGCGUGACGCCGGGCUGCCCUACGCAAUUCGACGACCCCGAUCCCAUUAUCAGAGAAGGCAUUCGACGAAGACUGAACGAGCUCGACCUGCCGCCGGACGAGCGCCCGAAGCAUCGGUGGCCGAACCGGACCGAAUUCAAGUUUCCGGGCGACGACCCGCCGCUCUGGGACCCCUGGUUCAACAUCAAUACGACGGAAUGGUCCGAUUGGUUGGAUGGGAAGAACAAGACUUUUGAGACCGAGACGAAGGGCGCUCUGAAAGAUCAAGAGUUCUGCCACUGGGAGAACGAGACCUGCGCCGUGAACCCCGGUAUCAAAUCGAGGAUCCAGGCCGACUUUGAGGUGCUGAAGAAGGCGCGCAUCAACGUGCCGCGGACGACGGAGCCGACGGCGUGCCGCUUCCGCACCAAAGAAAUAGCAGGCACGCAUUACGACGUCAUCUACAACAUCGACGACUUCACGUGGCGCGUCAAGCUCUUCAAGCCGCUGUUCAAGCAUCCCGCCCAGGUCUACGCCUUCGACGGGCUGCCCUACUGGGAGGUCGACGGGCGCUGGGAGCACGACCGCUCCUUCUCUCCGGACCGGCCCGACGAGUUCAUCCACAUCAGCAAGUGGAGUUUAGAUCCGUGCGAAAAUUGCAUCCCCCAAAAAGACUGGCCGGAGAACCGGAGGCCGUAGUAAGGCCC